CCCUGAUAUCUUCAUGCAUUUAUUAGAUAAAAAAUCAUGUAAUUUGUGUUCCAAUUUGGUUUGAAUGGCUUCAAAAGCACCCAAGAAAAAGGAAUCCAAGGAUCAUGUUGCUUUGAAAGACAAUCCAUCUGCUGUUCCACAACCUAAUUCUGAGGAAAGACCAUCGUCGAAAAGAAAACUACCCAUUCCAAUAUGGAGUGAAUGGAAUGACCAAGACAUACUAAAUGAAAAAUGGGAUACUGGGAAAAAGGAAAAAGAGAGAGGAAGGAGUCCAAUUGCAACAGUGCAUUACUUUGAUGAUCCAGAAGGUAAACUAGAUCUUCCACUGUCAUUGCAACAUCGAGUCAAAGCGUGGAAAAGACCAACAGAUCUUUUUGAUGAAAACAAUCCUAUCAUUGUGAGCAAUGAACAUGUCAAUGAGAAUGUGAUUGAUCUAGUGACCCCUAAUGAACAUAUUACAGAUAGUGAGUUUAUGCGAUACAUUAUAUCAAGCUACACAUCAUUGCUUCAAGUCUUUACACCAGCCAGUGAACCAGAUGCGAAAUGCAAUCUGUUGCGAAUGAAAACAUCUUCUUUUAAAGAACAAAGUACUUCAAAAGCUGAUAAAAGUCGUAAAGAUGUUGAGAACGUAGAUGAUAGUUGUUGGAGACUAUGGGAUCUGAUAUGGCCAAAAGAAAAUGCAAAAUCAAAUUUUCCUGCAAUCAAUUCAGCAGGAAAAUAUGCUGUGAAAAUCUUCUGGAUGGGAUGUCACCGUAAGAUAAUUGUUGAUGAUUUAAUACCUUGUGACGAAAAUAUGAAGCCUUUGUUGCCUUUAACAACGAGAGGAAAUGAACUGUGGCCAAUUAUCAUCAGUAAAGCGUUAAUUAAAGUUACUUCACUUGAUUACUAUGGUGGUCAGGAGAAUUGUGAAUUUGGGGAUGUGAAUAUUAUAUAUUGUUUGACUGGAUGGCUGCCUGAGCAGAUACCAUUGAACAAAUGUUACGAUGAACAAAUGUGGAAACUUUUACUACAACUAUUACCAAAGUGGAAGCUACCUCAACCAACUCCUCCACCUGAAGAACAUGCUGGUAACAGCUUAUCAACAGAAGAUUCUGCCAAAACAGAACUUGCUCCGAAAGAAUCAAAAGACAUAAAAAACAAGAAAGAAGAAAAAACUAAGGAAGAUAAAAAAACUAAAACGAGCACUGAAAAAGAAAUAAAAAUCAGCAAAGAGAAAAUUUCUCAUGUAUCCAGUGUGUCGAAGACACCCUUACCUGAUGUUUUGUUGUUUGCAAGUUUUUCUAAUCCUCCCAGUAGACCAAGUAAAGUUUCUGAGUUAAAAGAAAUGGCAGAUGCAUCUGAAAAGCUACGACUAUUCGGGCUAUCACAUAACCUACCCCAUCCUGUGUUGAUCAACAUGACCAGAGAUUGCCCUUUAGUGGCUCCACCAGUUCCAAUUCAAGUUCCAAGAUGGAAAUUAAUUAGGCAAAAAAAGAAAAAGGAACCAAUUGAUCCACCAAAAUGCCCAGAAGAACCUAAAGAUUAUAAAUGUUUGGAGCUGAAUUCUCCUUUUUUUAAUUUUAAAGUUGGCUCUAAACCUCUUGUUGGUUCUAACAGUGUCUCACCUACGAAAUGGGACAGGUUCAAACCUGCCACACCUAUGGAAAGUGUAAGUGAGGAGGGUCAAGAUGGAAAUGAUGAAAUACCAAUACAUUAUGCAGAUACUCCAGAUCUAUCAAUAUUGUCUUCUGCAGAAUUGCGUCCUACUUUACCAGCAGUUACACAAACUGUGUCUGAUGAAGCUGAAGUAGCUAGCAGUAAGAAAAAUAGAAGCCUUUCUAUCUCAUCACAAGUUAGUGUUGGCUCUGCAUCAAAAGUGCCACCCAGACCUAUCAAAUCAAGUAAAGAUGUAAGAAAGUCUAUUUUGAAAGACACGAAAUCAGACGAAUCAAAACAAUCGACAGCCGAAGUUUCUGCAGACAUUAACAUGACGUCUUAUGAAACGGAUACAAAAUCGGUGGUAGAGUCAGAGGAGGAGGAUAUUACAGAAAACGAGGCUAAAGAAGUCAAAAAGGGUAAUUUGUGGAUGGAUUUUGUGGACUUCUGUCAAUGUUUUAGAACAUUGUGGGUAUAUCACAAACCAAAACCUUAUACAAAACAUUCAUGUGAAAUGAAGCAUGUAGAUUCAAAAUCUGACCGUACUAAAAAAGGUGUCAACGCAAACUCGGGCAGUAGAAGCACAACUUUGAGUCCGGUAACAUCAAAUCUUGGUGGAAACUGGUUAAAUAAUCCUUCUUCACCGUAUCUACUUGUCGAUUGUGUUGUGAAUACAGAAGUUGUGGUAUCAUUUGCAUCUUUUUCAAGAUGGUUUGAUCCAAAUUUAAGUUCAAAUAUUACAAAGGGAGAAGAAAAUGAGAAAGCUACGAUACAAGCGCUAACUCCCAAGCCUGGCAGUUUGGUUGUUGAACCUUAUUACUGGAAGCACGUAACAAUUGAUCCUCCACUGCUGCGAAUAAAAACUACUGGUAUCAAAGCUGUUGCUCUGAACCUGCCGCCUGGGAGACAUGUGUUACGUUUGGUUGUUAAUGCACCACUAGGAUACCAUGUUUGUAUCACUUCCACGCAUGCGUUUGUGCUCGGUGAUGAAAACACAAUUAUGCAACAACUAAUUAAGGAAAGUGCUUUGUUUGUUGAACAUGGCAUAAAUGUGUUGAAUCAACUUAAAAGAAUCGCUACUAGUUUCAGCGAUUCUUCAGCUUGUGAGAAUUUCGUUUUAUUGCUUGGUACAGAGAAACGAUCGACAUCAAUUCGGAGAGAUCAUUUUGAGGUGUUAGUUAAAAGCUUUGUCGACUUACUGAAGAACGAACUCGCUGAAAAUUUCACUCCUACUAUGAAUUUUGCGAUAGCAGCUUUAAAAUACCAAGCUUACUUCCACCUCAAACAAUUUAAAGCAGAACGUGUGAAACGCAGACCAGCGUCUAGUGUUGUGAUUUCAACAACAACACGUCAACAAUCUUCAGACGGCAUACAACGCCGACAACGUGUUAGUAUGCCGGAAAUUGUGGCAUUCAACAAACACAGUCAUGCUGCCACUCGAAUACAGGCUGUUUUUAAAUGUUAUUACAUUAUGAAGUUAAAGAGAGCUUAUAUUCCCGGAAGCGCUGAGAAUACCCUGGUAGUUGAACUGCUUCAAAGAAUUUGGUCUCAUAUCGAAACAAAAAUAGAAUCGUUCGCUGUACAAUUGUAUCGCGCAAUGUUUAAUGCUAAACCAAACCUAUCUAAGUGCUUUCCAUUCCACGCAGACGAAUGGAACAAAAUUGUGUUCACAGAUUAUAAUGCAAGCUAUCCCGAACAAGCUGCAGAUAGUUUUUUUUUGUUAUUUAGGGAAGUGUUUAUGGUAGAGCAACCAAUAUUAAUGCUCCCAAAGUUUUACUGCAAUGUCACCAGCAGUCAUUUGAAGGUGAUUAACAAUGAUACGUAUGAAGAAACUAAAACUGUUUUCACGAAAGUCAUCCCACAAGCGAUGCAACCUAACAAGCAAGGCUACACUGUUGUGGUUACUGGAGAGAGUGAAUCUAACAUUCCUGCAGGAAAGUGUCGGUUACGUAUUAUUGGGGAGAAAGAACCUUUGCCUACGCUUGUCAAAGACAAUGUGAAUUGUCAGUUUGUCACAAAAGAGAUCAAGAAUUAUUAUAUCCCAAACAAAUACCACAGAAUUUUAAGAUAUAAGGUAAAAGUUACUGAAGACAUCGUCUCAAGUAUACAGUUCAAAACAUCGAAAGAAGAUGUCUUUGUGCUGUUUCAGGUUAUCGAUAACGGCAUCGAAAUUUAUAGUCGUGAAGGGAAGGGUAGUGUUCUUCUGCCAGCAAUGUUAUUUUACAAGGAUAGAUUGAUAACAGCAGAUGAAACGAAAAACACAUUAUCAGCUCCAAACUCACGUGCUGGCUCCGCGCGAUCGUACACCAAAAUAGCACCUGUCAAACGACCGUCUUCAAAAAAAUCUGCUUCACCUGAUAAAGCGAAGCGAAAGUCAAACAUUACUGUAGAUGUGAAAAAUAACGAUAAUGAAGAUAGUGAAGAAGUUAAGGAGGAACAGAUUCACAAGUAUAUAUUGCAAGCUUACAUUAAUAGAGGUAGUUGGCCAUUGACCAAAAAAGAAUGGAACUUUGUAGAUGUGUUAAAAACUGAAGAAGAAGCGCCGUCAGAAAAUGUUUCCAAAAAUGAAGCUCCGAUGAAAAAUAGUGCUGGAAAGAAUCGUAAAAAAGAGGGGAAGGGAAAUCGUUCAAGACCUGAGUCACAAACACAACAAUUAUUGGAUCCCACAAAACCUCACUGGAGUCUGCGUUUUAUAGUUGAUGCGGAGGCGGAAAAUUCUGUUGAAAUAAAACGAGAUACGGAAAGAGAGGACGAAAUAAAAGCUAUCAAAGCAGCGUGGGAGAGUUUAGAACCUGGAAGAGCUGCAAAGGCUCAACAAUCCCGACUCAAGUAUCUGGAGUCUCACACUUACAAGCCAGCUGUUGAGGAUGACACAUCCAAUGUAGAGAAUGGAGAAGAAAAACAUAUUGAAAGUGAGGAAUGUAAAGGUGAAGUAGAAGUAAAUAAAGUUGAAGAAGAAGGGAAAAAAGAAAUUAAAAAUGCGAAAAAGAAAGAAGUAGGAGGAGAAGCAAGAAAGGACAUUGAAGAAGGCGAAAUUCAUUCAGUGACGUCAGAGGCUGACAGUGAAGAACUAUUCGAUGUACCGCCUGUGAAAGAUACUGAUCGUGUCCUAAAACAAAUCGAUGUGUUCCCUUUUAUCAGAUCCACCGGGAAGAAAAUUCAUCUUGAUGAAUCUGAAGAAGAAAAAAUCCGAGUACAACUCCAAAAAAAGUUUACCGAAUUUGAUGCGAUGCGAGAGAUGGUGUUGUCCAUGAGAGAAGACGAUCGCAUAGCCAGAAAUUUAGAGAAGGAAAAACAGCUGGCAGAAUAUGAAAAGCUGCAGUUAUUACUUGACCAAAGACGAGAAGAGCUGUACAAAACGAGAGAUGCUUACAAGCAAAAGUUCGUGAAGCAACAAGAAGUCGAAGUUGUUGAAUUAGAAGUAGAAAAGAAAAAAAGAACGCCCACACCAAAAGGAAAGGCGUCAAAAGCAGGAAAAUCUCCUACUAAAGCGAAGAAGAAAUGAGACGAGUACUAGAAAUCAUGUUUGCGUUCAAGUUACUCAUCAUUGGCGGUUCGUUUUUUAAUUGGAUUUUCAUUGCGUCUACAUAGUAAGCAUGCAAUAUAUCAAUCCAUGACAUGCUCCACCCUAUUUGCUUUUUACAACAAUAACCAGGUACACAGAAAUCGUAGUAUUACGGUUACUGCAUUUCUUUCUCUAGGUACUUGUAUUCCACCUUUUUGUUUGUCAUUUUGCUCUAAAUCAAGACUAUUAUAAAUAUUAUAACAAUUGUUCGCUUCUAAUUUGAAAUCUUCAUAAUUGACACUUUUGCGUUGUUCUCCUGAGUUUUGUUCAAUUCUAGAUAACCUUUUAGGCAUGAUAUGUUUACAAACUUUUUAGCGAUCAUAUGAAUAAAAAAGUUUUAACGAUGUAAAUACGCUUCGACGUAAAAUUAUUUAUAUAUAUCUUAAAUUUUGUUUACAAGUUGUGGUUCACUCAACAAAUAUGGUAGUGUUCUUUAACGAAGUUUUUUUGUGUUUAAAAAGAUAUUAAUAUAUAUUUUGUUCAAA